AUGUUAACAUUAAGGUCAUCUCAUCAUAAUCCUCAAUCAUCCAAAGUUCAUCCAAAGUUCAUUAUCAUAAUAUAUCGCGUAGUUCUGGAACAGCCCUUGUAUUGGGUUUCGGGAUUGUUGAGCGAAGAAAGUUCACUACAUGAACAAGAAAUAAGUAGUCGGGUUGUUAGUUGA